GUCGGCGGCCGAAGCCGAAGGCGAAGCGGGCUCAGUCGCGUUGCGCGGAGCGUGAUGGCCGCGUCUGUAAACGAUCGGGUGGUACCUACGGCGAAUGCCGCCAAAAAGCCCAUGUCCACGAUCCAGGGCAAGCCCUUGUGCUGGCAGCACCGGCUGUUUGGCAAGCAGCUGGUGCGCUGCCAGGUUAACGACGCGAGAAAGUCGAUCGAAUCGACGACCGCGUCCCUCGUCCACGAGGAUGGCCGGCCGGCCUGCGAGAUCGUCGGCAUGUACUUCAGCUUUGUGAAUCCCGGUGCGACUUGCGACGAUUUUACGCGUCAGCUGGUCGAGCUCUACGCAAACGUCAACGGCACAACGGACGACGGCGACAGCGGAGGCGGAAGCGGAGGCGGAGGCGGAGGCGGCGGCGGCGGCGGCGGCGGCGGCGAGCGCGACAAAAGGAAGAGAUUCGAGGUGGUACACGUGGUGCUCUGGAGCAACGUCACCGACGUGCUCGACUUCGAGGACAGCUUUCGCGCCCACGUAGCCGAUCUACCUUGGCUCGUCGUGCCCAACCGAGAUUACGAGAGGAAGACCAGGUUGACUCGAAGGUAUCGGAUAAAAGCAGGCGUACCGACGUUGAUCCUGCUGGAGGGCUCCAAUGGCUCCGUAGUGACAAGAGGAGGCGUCGAACGAACCAUCGCUGAUCCCACCGGCUUAGAAUUCCCUUGGAGACCUCCGCAUCCAAAAGCUGCCCUUGAAGAUGGACCUCUCCUGCCUUGCGGUGCACGCGAUAGCAACGAACCCAUGUUGCACGAAGAACUCCGCUAUUGUUACAAAGGGGUUUACUUUAGCGCGCAUUGGUGUCCACCUUGUAAAGCAUUUACUCCGCAACUUGUGGAUACGUAUCAGCGAAUUCGGGAGAGAGGUGGAAAUUUCGAAGUAAUUUUUGUAAGUUCGGACAGGAGUGAGGACUCUUAUAAUGUGUACACGGAAACAAUGCCUUGGCUAAGGAUACCUUUCAAUCAAGAAGAAAGACGUCGAAAAUUGGCAAGGGCUUUCGAUGUUCAAGCAAUACCGACUCUAGUCAUUCUAGAUUCUCGCGACAACAUAAUCACUCUAGAUGGGCGCACCGAAUUGAUCGAAGAUCCAGAAGGACUGAAUUUUCCCUGGACAAAUAGGCUGGUGAAUAUUUUAACAGAAAAAUAUGCUACGUCAUUACACGAUGCUCCAGCCAUUAUCUUGUUUGUCGAAGGAGAAGAUUAUGAGAUUCAAUUCGGGGAAAGUGUACUAUUACCGGCUGCACAAGCAUAUAGAAGGGAUCAGCCCGAUUAUGAUCCAAAUUAUGAUGAUCCUGAGGAUGAUAUGUUGCAAUUCUAUAUAGCUUUAGAUUGCGAAACGUCCGACAUUCUUCGUGAAUUCAUUGGUUUGGAUGAUGCGGUACCUCUUUUGACCGCGAUAGAUAUUCCACGAGGAAUAUAUGUGGUGAUGGAAGACGGUGCUGAAAUUUCCGUGGACUCUGUACAACAAUUUGUUGAUAAAUUUCUCGACAACAAAUUACCGAUAAAUAAAAUAACGGCAGUGCAUAAAGUAUCAAAAACAAAUGAACAUGUGCCAGCUUAAGGCAUAUUAGUAUAUAAUUUAGCAUAAAGCAUAAAAUUUGUACUUGUCAAAUGUUAGGAAAGAUUGUUCGAAUGUCGAAAGAAAUCUUUUUAAUUUUUUUUUUACUCCUAUCUCUGUGAUACCGUCGCUCUUUACGUAGACAAAAAAAGGAGUCACACAUAAAAAAAUGUACUUCUUGUUGCAUGAUUCUUUGCAAAAAAGUAACCAAAAAAUAUGUAUUAUACAGUAGUCAUAAAUAAAUCGAUCAAAUUGUAUUUUUAAGUGUACGCACACACGAAUACGUUAAUAAAUUAUAUAUUACUUAAUACCGAGUGAGCGCAUUACCAGUAUUUUUAACUAGGAAAUAACUUUUUCACUGUUGCAGUUUUUAAUAUCAAUCACACAUUAUAUUUAUGU